GGCAGCGCCUAAGAGAAGCCUAGAAAACAUUAACGCUCCCCUCUUCAAUUAACUCGGAACUCUUUCAAACUUCCCGCCUUUUCCUCACGAGUUUUUGAUCAGCUGACACAAGAAUAACAGCCGACCUCUGGCAACACGUGGAUUUUGUCAGGUUUUGCCAUACAUACCCUUUCAUUGUUGCCAUACAACCCCCCUUGGGGUCAGAAAAGGAUGCAAGUCAAACAACCACUUCCUAACCCAAAGAAAUUUGCCAUUCUGCAAACCACUAGUAAUCUUAUUAUCGGCAAACUUGAGAGAUUUUUCUUCAGAUGGGGCAUUUGGGUGGCCACAAACCCGGCCCUGGUCAUUGUCUCCAGUUUGCUCGUGGCCUCCUUAAGUGCGGUGGGAUUCCUCAAUUUCUCGUCAGAAAGCAGAGCCGAGAAGCUUUGGAUCCCCAGCGACAGUCCCUACAUCGCCAACAAAGCAUGGCUGGACCAGAACUACCCGCAAACACGGCGACAGCAUUUCGCAUUGUUCGUGUCCGAAACGAAUAUCCUCACUCCCGAAGCACUUAUGGAGAUGUUCCGAGUGCACCAAAAGGUCCAUGCGAUCAAAGUCUCCAAUAAGACCUACGCCGACCUCUGUUUCAAACUUCCCAUAGCCAACAUUUUCCUCACCAAGAAACGCCGUCGAAAGCGUCAGGCCCUCGGACCCCGGAAUUCCAGCCCUUCCAAUCCCAACGAUCCCUCUGUGGUCGUCCCAUCUGAGGUGCUUAACGCUACCCUUCAAAUCGAAAAUGCUACGGGUUUGAAUGCAGUUAAUGCAACCAGGGAUCAGAGGUUUCUAUUAGACUCGGAUUCCCCUGAACCCGAGAAACAAGAGUCAUCCCAGACGAAUCAAGAUGAAACUGAAGAGGAUGAGGAGAGUAACUCGCUUUGGAGUGGGUAUGAUUUGGAUGAGGAAUAUGAAGAUAUCUAUGAGGAUUAUGAUUUCGAAAACGAAGACUAUGAGAUUGACUUUGUGGAAAAGGACGAGAUCGAAGAUAGCAAGAAUGGGGACGGAAACGGUGAUGGUCAGAGCGAUGAUCCACAAGAUUCCUUGUCCCCGGAAAUCUAUUGCGACUUGGUCAGCACACUCGACCAGAAAUGCUUGGAGAACAGUCUUCUGGAGAUCUGGAGAUAUUCCGAGUCCCGAAUCCAACGAUUGACCCAAAACGACAUACUUUACGCUGUCAACCAAGUUGCAGAAAGCCCUUGGUUUGGCUAUCGAACAGAUUUCGCCGUCUAUUUAGGCGCCGUUGAGAGAAACUCAACCGGCCAUAUUGUGACUGCCAAAUCUGCCAUAUAUUCUUGGGCGGCUUCCUUUGACCCUGACGGUGAACUCACUGAUGAAGGUGGAGUGGGCGUGGAACUCGAUUUGGCCGAUAAGCUCUCCUUGGACUUUGAGAAAGAAAUGAUCGCUUCGUUAUUGGAGAGUUCCAAGGAGGCCGAAGAACGGUCAGGAGUGAAGAUCUACGUGAACGUGGCCAGAAGCUUCAAUGACAUCACAGCUGAGGCCAUCUUCUUUGAUGCCGUGAAAAUGGCGGCGGGAUACUUCCUCAUGUUUUUCUAUACCAUGUUUUUCCUGGGAAGAAUCAACUUAGUUGAGCACCGAACCUGGAUUGCGGCUGGAGGGAUAUUCUCGGUAGCCAUGGGUCUGGGAAUUGCCUUUGGGAUCACAUCGGCCAUUGGUCUACCUUACACUCCAAUUCACGGCAUUUUACCUUUCUUAGCACUGGGGAUUGGCAUCGACGACAUGUUCGUUAUUGUUCAAUGCUGGUACAAUCUCAGCCCCGAGGAGCAAAAACGUGGUCUCAAGGAGAAAAUUGGAUUGACCAUGCAACACGCAGGUGUGGCCAUCACGGUCACGUCUCUAACGGAUGUGUUUGCCUUUGGAGUUGGAGCGGUCACGAUCCUGCCCGGUCUCCAGACCUUCUGUGUCACGUGUGCCAUCGCCAUCGCCUCCAUAUACAUUCUCCAAGCCUCGUGGUUUGCGGCCUUGUUGUCCUUGGACGAGCGACGGAUCCGAGCUCGCCGUGAUGGAUUGGCUCCGUGCAUCAAGUAUCGCAAUUGGACCCCCAUGGCCUGGAGUCAAAAGGACAUGGGCCGGAUGUUCAUGGGACGUGUGGCCAAGCUACUCAGUCAGGGCGUGGUCAAGGCUUUGGUGAUUCUAUUGACCUUGGGCUUCUGUGGUACAGGCAUUUAUGGCACUUACCUGAUCCGCCAAGAAUUUGAUCCAGUGCUGCUAUUGCCUGCACAAAGCUACCUCCGCCAAUGGUUGGCAGUUCAAGGGGAGCAUUUCCCGUCUUCUGGGUGGGAUGCCAAUAUCUACACUGGACCACUGAACGACCUUGAGAACGACUUGGAACAAAUGGAUCAGCUAGCCAGCGAACUCCAGUCGUUGGUCAAGGAAGGUCGAAUACUCAGAGACUUCAAUUCUUGGUGGGUGCCGUUUCGAGAUUACAUUGAAACGAAGAAAAAUGUGACAGAUUGGCACACAAUGGUUCGUGACGGAAAGUUUGAGAUGUUCCUAUCAGAUUUCCUCUUUUCCAAAGUGGGAUCCCGCUUUAAACCCAAGAUCAUUUUUGAAAAAGAGAUCGUAUGUAAUGAGCCAACGAGCAAAAUUAAGGCCACCAAAUCCGAUAUCACCUUCGUCAAGUUCUCUGGACCCGAGGAACACGUGCCUGGACGGCGUCUUAUUGAAAACCUGAUCCAAACGAAGAAGUUCUCUUCCAAAGCAUUUUCUUUCUCCAAGGUCUAUGCCGCGUGGGAAACAGACGAAGUAAUUAGCUUUGAAUUGUGGAGGAAUCUCGCUCUGGCCAUGGUUUGUGUCUUCAUUAUCACACUGGUUCUCUUGGCCAAUGUGAAGAUCUGCCUCAUGGUUCUCAGCUGUGUCUGUCUAACCCUGGUUGAUAUGGUUGGAGUCCUCCAUUUCUGGGGCUUGACCAUCGACACGAUAUCCUGUAUCAAUAUUGUGUUAGCCAUCGGGCUCUGCGUUGAUUAUUCUGCUCACAUCGCUCACGCUUUCAUUGUGGAAGAAGGCGAUCGUCAAACUCGAGCCACGAACAGUUUGGUGUCGAUGGGACCAGCCAUUCUCAAUGGUGGGAUCACCACCUUCCUUGCUUUGGUGCUCCUUGGAUUUUCGGAAUCCCACGCCUUUAUCACCUUCUUUAAGGUGUUUCUCCUGACCGUGGUUUUUGGUCUGUUCCAUGGUCUCGUUUACCUACCCGUGGUGCUCAGCAUCAUGGGGCCUCUUACAUCCCAUGACGAUUCUGACACUGACUCAAACUCGGGCUCAAGCUCGGUUAUGACUGACUCGACCAAUGGUAACUUUAAAGAUCAGCAACCGAUGAAUACCAGUGGUUUGAUUAACGAUGGUUACGUUCAUGAUGAGCUUCCCCGGGGAGUCGCUCGCAAGAUCAGUCUUUUAGGCGGGAGGAACCGCGUCUCCUGGACUCCUCAACAUCCUUCCAAGACUGGCGAGAUCGCCACGGACGAGAUUCAAGCGGCCACCCAAGCAGAGAGCCCAGCCAGCCAUACCUCUCGGGAAGGCAGCGUGGGCAGCAGCGAGGAGGACCUGAAGACGGCCGCGGAGACGUCCGAUCCCGAUCAACCGGUUUAUACUCAGACUACAGAUUUACACAUGUGAUUUGAAGACGGGCUUGCCUUUUGCAGCAUUAACUCUCACAUAUCUUACUUUGAAGAUUAUUUUUUGUCAGAUUAAUAUGUGCCUACUAGUAAUAUAAAUGGUGAUUUCCUCUCUUUGUGAUUGA